AUGCCACAUACACAGCAAAGUGACGUCGUCAUCCAAAUCCCGUACCCGACAAACGCAACACAUACACAGACUACAGUCUUUAAAAGAAACGUUGAAGUUCUUCUCACUUACCACGAAAUUGGAGAGAUCACCGCAAGAAGAUGGGCUGAAUACUUUCUUCGAUUUGUCAGCGCCGUGGUCAUAACAACGGAAGGCCAAAUGAAUACGGCCGUUGAGAUCUACUUCACAGUUACAAAUAACAACAUCCACGCUCCAGCUAUGGCCGAUAGAGACAUUCUCGUAGCCAGUUUACAGGAUCAGAAAAAGCUGCCAACCCAUGAAGAGCAAAGUGAUGAAUGCACAAUAUGUCUUCAACCAUUUGAAGGUGGAAAGUAUAUCAACAAAUUAACAUGUACUCACAUAUACCAUAAUGAAUGUAUUAUUACUUGGUUGUAUAUAAACCCAACUUGUCCAAUCUGUAGGGCAAGUGAAUCGAUCCAACCCUCAACCUCUCUUACAUCCCUCCCUCCAGAUCUUCUAUCAAAAAUCUUAUCCCAUGCUUGUGAAAACUCCAGAGAAGAUGUACGAAAUGGCAUCUUCAUGUGCAAGGCCCUAGGAAACUCUGCUGCAGAUAUACAAGUUUUCAAAAGUUUGGAAUUGCGUGACAUUGUCAAAUGUCCAUUGCUAGCUCUUGGCAAAUACGCUGAACUAUUCCAGAAAUGCUUACUGUAUUCCAACCCUGCUGCCCACUACAUUAAAGGCUUGUUAGAAUAUUUACGUUUCGACAACCCUAUCGAUGGCCUGAAACAUUUGAAGGAAGCGGCAGAUGCAACUGUCCCUGUCAAUGAAGCACUCUAUCUCUACGGAAUCAUCAUCCUGUGCACUGGUCACUACGAUAUAGGCAAACACUAUAUGGAUAGGCUACGCUGGAAGGAUGAUAAAGCUUUGACUGAACAAUGCUGGAAAAAUAUCAAGAUCUCGGUUCAUGGGAUUGGUAUCAUAACCAAGCCAGAAUAUAUGACCUCUUUGUGGGUGAUGAUGCCUCUGUAUGUGUGUAACAUAAAUGACAUGGAUAAUACAUGUGAGAAGUGUUUCCGCUACAAGCAAAUGAUCAAGUUCAUCUUCACGAUUUAA